AAUAUCGGGAUCGAACGUGUAGUCGCUGCAGUUCCGCGUUGCCUUGCACGUUGUCUCAGUAUUAUCGCGCGGCGACCGUCGACCGAACGUGUUCUCCCGCGAUUUUCGAGAGGAGGAAUGUGGGGCCACGUAUCGAUCUCGAUCGCAAUUCUGCUGGCGUCGCUGCUCUAUCGUUAUUACUUUAACGAGCCGGCCAGUGUCAUCGUUUAUCCCGAGACGCAUUACGACUACAUUGUUGUCGGCGCUGGUACGUCUGGCUGCGUGAUUGCAUCACGGCUCUCAGAAAUGUCGAACGUGACCGUUUUGCUCGUGGAGGCCGGCGGAUACUUCGGAUGGCUAUCGACUAUGCCGCUCUUAGCGCCGAUGAUGCAAGGCACCGAGGUCGAUUGGGCCUACCAAACGGAGCCGCAAGUCUUCUCGUCCCGAGGGCUCCACGGCUAUAGACAAAACGUGCCGAGAGGGAAAGGACUCGGAGGAAGCGGGCAACUUAAUUAUCUCGUUCAUUCUUUCGGGAGGCCCGAGGACUACAAGAGAUGGCCGAAGGGUUGGUCGCACGCAGACUUACUUCCCUACUUUCAAAAAGUGUCCGAUAUUAUGAACGCUAUCCCGAUGCCGGAGGAGGAGUACCUGACGAAGGCCUUCGUCCUGGCCGAGGAAUCGUUGAAGCUGGACAACGUGUCGUUGCGAAAAGCGAUGUACACCGCGAAAAGGGGAACCCGAUGGAGCACUCAUCAUGCGUAUUUGCGGAAGGCCUGGAAUCGCAAGAAUUUACAUAUCCUGACGAAUACACUUGUUGCCAAGAUACUCGUCAAGAAUAACAAAGUCGAUGGCGUUAAAGUGAUACACAAAAACGGCUCCGUGGGGAGAGUCGGCGUGAGAAAGGAGGUAAUCCUUUGCGCGGGCGCUAUCAAUAGCCCGCAGCUACUUUUGAUUUCCGGCAUAGGACCUGCCGACGAAUUGAAGAAGCAUAAGAUACCCGUGGUGCGAGAUCUUCCCGAGGUAGGCCGAAAUUUGUUCGAUCACCUGAACGUGCCCGUCUACGUGAAUCUGCGGGAACGAGUCAGUAUCACGCUCGUGAAGCUGCAAACUGUACCCGAGGUGUUCAAUUAUUUCGCCUUCGGAACCGGAUGGUUGGCCACUAACGGCGUAAUGGGAUUGGGGCGUGCUAAUAACAGUGGCCUCCUCCUUUUCGGAGUGGCGUCCGCGGAGGAAAAAUUGCUCAAGGCCAUCUCAAAUUUCGAGACCGAGACGUACAGAUCGCUGUUUCCGUCGUAUAACGACAGCAUGCACGAGGGAUUCAUAUAUCUGGUUACGUGUCUGCAACCGAAGAGUCGUGGAAGCGUAACACUGGGAUCGAGCAACAUCCGCGAUCCUCCAAAAAUUAAUCCCGCGUACCUUCAGCAUCCCGACGACGUUACGUGCACCCACAGAGCUAUAAAUCUCGCGCUGGAGAUUCUCGACACGAGACUCUUUCGCGAGUACGGAGCGCAGGUCCACGUCCCCGAUUUCGAAGAAUGUCGUCAUUUGCGACAGAACUAUCGGGACAUCGAUUAUUCGGAGUGCGUCAUGAGAAUCGCAGGACUCACGAGCCACCAUCCGUGUGGCACAUGCAGAACAGGUGCGGACGACGACGCGGUCGUAGAUGAGGAAUUAAGGGUAAAAGGUGUGAUUGGAUUGAGGAUAAUGGACGCCAGCGUAGUGCCGUCUCCAAUUUCCGGCACGCCGAAUUCAGUUCUUGUCGCGAUGGCCGAACGCGCGUCCGAUAUAAUUUUAGAUCGCUCGUCGAACUGAGAUCCAAUUUAUUUUACAACAUGUAAUAUAUGCGACGAUUGUAAAAAUAAUAACGCUCGCAGUUCACGUAAACUCGUUUGUGACUACUCAUUACGAUUGUCCGUCGAUUCAGGGAGAGGACAUGUGGGGGAGACGGUGUUAUUCGCAAAUGAAAAAGAUCCAUGGUGCUCCAAGUUUUUUGUAAUUUAUAAUUAAUGGUAAAGUUUUCUUUUGUUUUACAGUAAUCGAACAGUUAUUAAUAAUCUAAUUAAAUUUCGAUUAAUUUUUAUACAAACAAAAAGGGUGAGUUACACUCAACGGCAUAGCCACGAAUCCCUGCCACCCCGUCCGCGCUCGGAGCAUAAAGAAAAAAGAAACUUAAAUUUUUUUUACACACUCCCUCCUCGGAGGACUUCUCUCAACCCCAUUUCCCGUCCGGGAUCGUUUUGCGAUGGCAGAGUUUCGGCGUUUCUUCCUAUCCCACUUCCGCGUCUUGCCUCUUUCUCCUUCGCGCAUAUCCGCAAACACACACGCACACAUACACUCUUCUCUCUGUAUUUUUCCCCUUCUACCGGUUUUCACUUCUCCCCGUCUUACGCGAAUUCGUAUUUGUUUCUCUUCGCAGCGAUCGCUUCUCCAGUUUGCUCUCGCUCUCUCGCUCUCUUUUUCUCAGCACUCACACACUCACACGCACGCAUACCUGUGUCGCCUCUUAUAAAUAAAAUAGUUCGUAAUAACUCGCGAAGUGUCGUUUCGUAUUUUCGAAAACGCAACUAUGCCCAUACGCGCCUCGCUCGUGCCGCAAACAAACGAGCCCGACUUCGGCGCCUCGCGUCUAUCUCCUUCUCCUUCCUCCCUUACUUCCACCCCAUUUACAGCAAUAAUUACGUAACGUAAACUUAAUCUCUCAACUUAAAACAAAAAUUGGUAACCACGUAUUCGCGACGCACGCCGCGAGCCUCACGCCCGCCUCGUGGAAAAAAGCUCUCGACAGGUUUCAUCCGCGCGAGAGGAUGAAACGUGGUACGAACAAAAGCAACGUGGCGCGAGUCGAACGAGAAAGGGAUUUGUAGAUCGAGCGACACCCUCCCCCGAUCGUUAUCGGCGAUGACGUUGUCGUCUGGCGACAAAUCUGUGUUGUGCCGACGUGACCCGGGUGUGUCGAGAAAUCGAGGUGAUUCGCGUUGAUCUGGCUCGGGCAUUACGUAAGUUCGCUUAAUCGGCGAAUCCGAUUACGUUUGCGCUCGCGGUUUCAACGCGAGAUCGCCGUAGCUCCGGAAGGCAGCGUCGCAACGAGGUCGGCUCAGAUCAACGGGAAACACGCGGGGAAGCGUUCGCCGUGUGACUUUCGGCCCUCGCGGCAUUUCCGGCGCGCGGAGGAAGCUCGCCGGACGUGCACCGCGCCAUCGGAUGCGCGUAAAAACGCCCGCAGUUUUAUGCUCUCCUCCUUGUCUUCUUUUUUUUCGUUUUCGCUUUUGCUUUUAUCAUAGGUAGUGUUCUCUCUAUCUUUUUUUUUGCUUUAACUCUCCAAGAGUGUGCAGUCGCAUCGCGGGACCACGACGCGGGAAAUCACUUAAGAUCUAAACAAGUAUUCCUUAAUAUUAGAUAUAUAACUAUCUAUUUAUAUGUAUUUAUAUAUAUACUUUUUCAUAUAUAUAU